CACGCAGGCCUGUCUCGGGAAAGGUGGAAGUCGGUUGUGGACGCGAGAGCGGCCAUUUUGAGACCGGGCAAACGGCGUGGGACAGGCGCUGCCCAGCAACGGUUGGUCGGUUUUAACCAAGGACUGUUUCUAGCUGCACACAGUGCGCUGCCCAGCCAUGUUCCCUCCCGGUUCUGUGUGGCCAAGAGUACGAGUCCUUCGGGUGUUUUGGGCACUGCUGGCGGUACCACUGGCGUCGUCGAGGGUGUGGGAAAGCGAUGAUUUCCAGGACUGCACCUGGAAGGUUGUCCUGAACAAGUUUGAUAGGGUAGGUGACACCCACAUGAGUGACCGCUUCUAUGAUCAAGAGCCGGUGGAUACAGUGGACAGCGUAUUCAGCAUGCUGGUGGACUCGCCCAUUGAUCCACAAGAGAAAUACUUGGGCUUCCCUUACUACCUCAAAAUCAACUACUCCUGUGAGGGACAGCCCUCCGAGGACCUGGUCCGCAGUGGCCACCUAAUGGGGCUGAAGCCCGUGGUGCUGGUCACCUUCCAGUCCUCUGUGAACUUCUACCGCUGGAAGAUAGAGCAGCUACAGAUCAGGAUGGAGGCAGCGCCCUUCCGCUACCCAGGGCUGUGCCUGGCAGAGGAGGUGUGCUCCAUGAGCUGGUUCAUGCCCAUGCCCAUCCAGAACGGCAGCGUGGUGAUGAAGGUGGAGGUCACCAGCAAUGGCCUGGGGCCCUUCAUUCCCAAUAAAAGGUUCCGCGUGAAUAUCAAUGGCUUCCUGAAGAAGCAGCAAGACACAGUUGAGUUCACGCUGGGAUCAGAGCUCUUUGACCUGACACCCCAGUACUUCGUGAAUGCCUCCUCGAGGCCCCUGUGGUACACUCUGGACCAGUCGCCAGUGCUCAUCCUGGGUGGCAUUCCCAAUGAGAAGGCCAUCCUGCUAAGCGACACCAACUUUGAGACCUUUUCUCUUGUGGAGCUGAGCAUUGACAGCUGCUGGGUAGACUCCUUCUACUGCCCCCAGGCUGACUUCUCGGCCACCAUCUACGAUGCCAUCUCUACAGAGAGCACCCUUUUCAUUCGCCAGAACCAGCUGGUCUACUAUUUUACAGGCACCUAUGCCACACUCUACGACCGCAGCCACAGCAGCGGCAGCUGGGUUCGGGUCCUGGCCACCGAAUGCAUCAAGAGGCUGUGUCCGGUGCUUUUCCACAGCAAUGGCUCUGAGUACGUCAUGGCCCUCCCCACAGGGAAGCAUGAGGGCUAUCUGCACUUUGGAACCAUCACUGAUGGCCGUGUGUCCUUCGAGAUGCUGCCCAAAGGCGGGUCCUUAUGCAAGCAUAUGUUCGUUGGCAACUGCUCCAUUACGUGGGCUGAGUACCUCUCCGGCGAGUACAUUCUUUUGCUGCUGGUGGAGGUCGAGGACUUCAACACCAAGUCUUUCCGCGUGGUCCGCUACAACAUGAGCAGUGACGUCACGGAAGUCCUCUACAUCAUCCCAGAUUUCAUCCCUGAUGCUGAGGGCAUGGAGUUCCUGAUGAUGGUAGGCGCAGAGAUGUACACGAGCUCCCCCAUGGUGCCCAAGGGCCUGUUCUUCAACACCUACAACAACCUGCUGUUCAUCUGGGGCAACUUCUUGCUGCAGAGCUACAAUGCGGAAAACUACACCUACCUGGCAGGUUUCCCCAAAGAGUUGAGUAUCAAAUACCUGGUCAACUCAUUUGGCGGGGACAUUGCUGUUAUCACGGAGACGGAAGAGAUCUGGUACCUCCUGGAGGGCGAUUACCGCGUGUACCAGCUGUUCCCGUCCCGGGGCUGGAGCAUCCACUUCAGUCUGCAAAUGUUGCAACAGUCGUCCCUUUACGCGGCCAAUGAGACCACGGUCACCUUCUUCUAUGAAGACAGGGAGCUGUACCAGCUGGUGUACCUCAUGGGCCAUGGGCAGGGUCGCCUGGUCAAGAGGCUCGUGCCUGUGGAGAAGCUACUGCUGUACCAGCAGCAGAGCCACUACCACUUAGAGCGACAGGGGGGCCACCCGGUGCUGUCCUUCACCAACCAGUGCCCCUUCACCAUGCUGAGCCUGGCAAACCUGCCCAACCCUCAGGCCUACACUCGUGAGGAGCGCUACCUGGCUAGGCCACCGCACAUCCUGGAGCGCUCAGGCUUCCACAGCAAGAAGUCUCUUGCCGUUUACCAGGGCCUCCUCUACUACCUGCUCUGGCUACACUCCAAGUACAACAAGCCCUAUGCGGACCCGGUGCACGAUCCUACCUGGCGCUGGUGGAAAAACAAGAAACAAGACCAGGAUUACUACUUAUACCUGGAGAGAAACUGGCUGAGCGCGGGCGGCGUGCACAUUGACAUGGCCAGCUACGAAAAGAUCUACAACCUCAAGUCCGAAUACCAGCUGCCCCAGUUCAUUUUCCUGGACAAGGGCAACUCCUACGAGUUCUCCUUAAAGAUGCGCUCCAAAGAGGGCUCCGCCUUCCAGGAGCAGAGCAAGCUGGCGGUGGGUUUCGGGCUGGCUGAUCCCCACUGCAUUGAAGCCUUUGCGAAGCAGGAGGCCACUGUUCUUCGCAACUUGGUGCAAUUCUUGAUUACGCUCAGGGAUAAAAAGCUUUGCUAUGACCAGGGCAUUAGUGGACAUCAUCUCAUGAAGACUUCAGUGAUGGUCAAGGUUCGGGGGUCUUCUGGGCACUGCUUCCAGAGCACCCACUUUGGGCUCCGCAUGCAAGGCAACAUGAUGCUGCCAGUGUUUAUUGGCUGCCCCCCAGGCAAGCGCCUGGCCUUUGACAUCACCUACACGCUAGAAUACAACCGCCUGCUCAAUAAACAGUACUUCGACUGCGCGCACCCGGACCCCGAGAUGCCCUGCUUUCUCUUCCGUGACGUGUUCUACCCUUUCUUCUUGAUUCAAGAUCUGGUGACGGGAGAUUCUGGCAGUUUCAAGGGCAGAUACGUAUUGAAAGUGGUGGGCGGCGGGCCCACCCUGGACAGCCUCCGGGACUACAGCGAGGAGGAAAUCUACCGCUUCAACAGCCCGCUGGAAACGGUCCCGCCCAGGACUAAGAGCCGCAUCUGGACCACAAAGACCACAGAGACCACGGAGGACGGGGCGUUCCACAUCAUGUCCCCUCAGAGCUUUGGCAUCGAGUGGCUGUGCUUGGAGAACUCCCCAUGCUAUGACACCGUCCCCCAAAGCAUCUUCUCACCUGAAUUCUUCUUCAAGGUGUUGGUGAGCAAUAGAGGUGUGGACAGCAGCACGUACUGCGACUACCAGCUCGUCUUCCUGCUGCACAUCCAUGGGCUCCCGCUCAGCUUCCGGCGGGCCCUUCAAAUCGCCAUCUGGUCGGCCAGUGUGUUUGUGGGCCUGGUGACCCUGUACAUUGCCCUCUGCCUCCUGUGGCCCCUCCUGGUGAAGGCUUGGGACAUGUUCCUCUGGAAGAUGAACGCAGUCGUCACCUCAGAGUCCUACUACUCCUACACCACGGCCACCAAGUCCUCAAGCAGCUCAUCGGGGGCAAAGGGGCACCACCAGCAACAAGGUCACCUCCAAAGUUAACCUAACAGAGGGUGAAGGGGACAAGGCUGGGACUGAGGACGCCGUAGGGAAGGAGUCACUGACAUGAGCCUCCUGCUUGCCUUGACCCCUUGCCCACUCUAGCCCAUCCUAGAAAUGCAGCCUGGCUCCCACCCUGGCCUUUCUUUUGCUUGAAUGUUCAUUUCUCACUCAGACCCAAAUAAAGCCCCAUUUCAGGACCAGCCAUGAGUCCUCA